AUGCCCAAGAGGCCUAGUGGUGGUGGGCAGCCCAAGCAGAAUGACAAUCUGGUGCAAUCCAAGAAGACCCUAGAUGUUUUCCUGACCGACAGGCUGGCAAACGAGGAGCAUGCGACGAAGUUCUACACGUGGAUUGGUUCCGAAUUUCCUCCAGCUCAUGGUACGACCUAUGCCACAGAGGCGGACCUGCUGCAGGAAGGGAACUCCUUGCACCUGCGGCCGUUUCAGCUUCCAUUCCGGAUAGACUAUGGCUUGCGGGGCACUAGCGACGCAGAAGAUCAGCAUGCCUUGUGCCAAUUGAUUCUGUUGAAUGGCUUCCAAACAGAUCCCAAUCGACCAGGAGUUGAAAAAUUGGUUGGAUGUGCUGUCCAAUCCCAAUGGCUCUACACCCCCGCAUCGAAGAUUACCAGUGCAGAUCUGUCGGAGCCCACACUUGCAUCACCAGGAAAACUUUUCCUUGUCAAAGGUUGGAACAGGUGCCUUUGUGCUUUGGGCAUUCUCUACUGUUGCUAUGACACGGGCCUUCUGCUCCAGGAGGGCACCGUGUAUGCCACGGUUGUCAAGUCUGACAGCAACUUGGUGGUGAACACCAAUCGUGGGGUGACGCUUGGUGGGUCCCUUCGGAGACGUCCCAAUGCAUUCAAUCUACUUCACCAACUUGAGUUCUUGGAGCGUUCGGGCAUGACCCAAGAGAUGUCGGUGAAAUCUCUCGAGGCACAUGAAAGUGUUUCAGCGUUUGCACAAGCGUACAGUUUGGGGGAGAAAGAGUCAGCCGCAGCAGUCAACCUGUUGAAACACAUCCCCACGAACAUCAAGGAAGCUCUCACUGAGCUGGUUCGGUUUGAGCUUCGGCAUGCUGACUCGGACAUCCUGCAGAUGCUGGAAACUUCGGUCCCCCCAGCAGAUGUGGAACGGGUGAGUAUCUUCUUGCAGCCAUUGAAGAAGUACCAAUCCGAGGUGGAGAAGCAAACCAAUCUGCGAGCUGAGCUGUCCAGCCAGUUGCUGAACACCACGUGGCAGCAAACCGAGCUCCAGUGUGCAAAUGACCUGGCCAAGUUGGCUGAGUGGAGCCAGCAGUUUGAGAUGUACGCUUCCAAACAGGCUGCCUUGGAUUACAAGCACAUCAAUGACAGGUUUCACAAGGGGAAAUCCAUUGUUGAUCAGUUCAUGUCGGAGAAGCAUCAGCUAGUGAGGGUGCCAUCAUUGGUGCUGGCCCAUGCAUCGAUCGUCCAGCUACAAGCAAAGAUGGGAACCAAUGCGCUGACGAUCUUGGUGGGUGACUGCACGCUCUGGCCAACUAGGUGUCUCAUCCGGAAAUGCCCAGACGGUUUCCUUUUGGCUUUUGCCGCAGUGGCACAACAACGCGGCAAAGCAGGCUACUCUGAAGCACAGUCAAUGGACACCUUCGAGAUUGCGCUCAACUUUUCAGAUCCCCAACACCAAGGAGACCGUCGCAAGAAGUCGCAACAGUGCUUGGCCGGUAUCUCUGGCAGCCAUGCCAACCCCGCCUUUGGACGUGGCAAGGCACUUCUUGGAAGCCUCAGCGGCAUCGAGAGGAGCAGGGUCUCAGAGUUAUCAAACCCGGAUCCAGACAAGCCUUUGGCCCCGAACUUCAGGGUCCAACAGCGAGGCAUUCCAGCCACGCGGAAGAUCCUUCUCAAGUUGCUUGAGGGCAUGAACGAUCACCAGGGGCAAAAAGUGUUGGUGGUGGACAUGAUCUCUUCGAGGAUCCCUGACAUGGUGAACCAGAAGUUCGCAGCCACCCAUGCCGAUGCCAUCAAGAAGUUGGAGGAGACGAUCAGCCAAGAGACCCAGAUCCAGUCCGUCAUUCGCCGGCUUGAGUCAAAUGCCUCAGCCGCUGCAGGUGGCAGCAGGACCAUGGCCAGCCCACAAUGGGACAAUGACCCCCCGGUGAACUGGCAAGAAGGGUGCGCAACCAUUGCGAGGGAGCCUGGCCUAAACGUGGCCUUGACAACAUUGGGAUCUUUGUGGAUCUUGAAUCGGGGCAAUUCAGAAAUUGAACUUCCGGCUGGUGAGCUGUUUGGUUUCAACACCGACCAACAUGGAUCUUUGACGGGGAGUAUCCCAUGGCACGUUCCCCAUGACAAACUCAUUGUGGCAGUGGUGCCAACAGCGGCAACCAGUGAGAAGCGCAUUUGCACAGUGGCUGAUGCAAUUUGCGAUGUUACACGCACACGUGGAAUCACAGAAAUCCGUUUGACGGAUCAUGCAUUGGCCGCCAAGGUCAAGGUGAUGCCGGAUGGAUCGCAAUUGGCACUAUCCUACAGAUACACCGUCCAGGCAGACCAGAAGAUCAACGCGUUCAAGCCCCGUGAACUGCAGGGUGAUGACAACAAGCUCCACUUGCGAGCUGCCCUUUUUGGCAGUUUGUGGUGCAACAAGUUGAACCAGCUACCCAACGCGCCGCACGUGGGCAUUGUUUGGGAGGCACAUGGUCUUUACGCAGAGUUUACGUAA